CAAUCCAGACUGUACAGACUGACCGUGCUGGCCUUGGAGAAUAUGCGCACUCUAGGCGGCCUCGUCUGCUUCCUCUCGACAGUGGCUUUCUCGUUUCAUAUACAGAGAAGUUAUGCAGGAACAAAAAGCACAAGCUACAGCCAAUUGCUCCUCAAUCAGUCUUGCCCAGUGAGUCCACUCAUUAGCCUGCAGACUGACACUUGUCUGGUCAAGCCCAACAAUUGCAGCGGUGGCUACUGCAUCUACAGCGACCUUGACUUCUCAGGAUCACGCGGAAUCUCUUUCCUAACGACACCAGAGAUGGAAGGCAUAUUCAGGGAAUCUAUCCAGAAACAUAAACUGAGCGAUCGACUCACCGGAAUCGCUGUGGAUGCAUUUGAGCAACGCGAUAUCCCAGGCAAGGGCGUUGGACUGGUGGCGAAGCGCUUCCUGCAGCGCGGCGAGCUGAUCAUCAGGGAGCCGCCGGCGCUCAUUGUCCACCUAGAUGCUGAAUCUGAACUGCCUGAUAGUACGCGGUUUGAGAUGCAGCAGGCCGGCGUGGAGGCUCUCCCGGCUGACACCAAGCUGGAAGUGCUAGGGCUUAUGGGCCACUUUGGAGGGGAUCCGAUUGAAGAUCGCCUGGACACGAAUGCUUUCGGGGUAAUGCUUGGGGGCUCGGAAGCAGAACAUAGGGCUCUGUUGACGCAGACUUCGAGGUUGAAUCAUGACUGUCGGCCCAGCUGCAUUUUAAAUUUCAAUCCCAGGACCCUCACGGCGAGUGUUUACACUGUUCGGGAUAUCCGCCCUGGCGAAGAACUUAGCAUUUCUUACAUUGACACGAGGACAACGUACGCGAAGCGCCAUGCAGCCAUCCAGAGCUGGGGAUUUACCUGCUCCUGCGCAGCCUGCACGCUUCCACCAGGAGACCGAUUCUUGUCAGACGACAGGAUCCAGCAGAUCAAGCACUAUACUGCGGAGCUUAAAGAUUGGUCUAACAGAAGCCAAGCGGCACCAGAGAUUGCGGAGGCCCUGAUAAGAUUGUACCAAGAGGAGCAGAUUUUCUAUUAUAUCGGGGAUGCGUAUCGGCUGGCGGCUCACACUUAUAGUGGAGUACGAGAUGGGUACCACGCAUUGCGCAUGGCCAGUAACGCCCUCGUAUAUGGGCUUCAGGCGUGGGAUGAUAUGGGCUCUAGCAUGCGCGACGUUCUAGAGUUACUGGAAAAUCUCGAGAAGCAUUGGAGUUGGGGGAAGCGGUUAGAAGAGAGAUAGCAAUCUCGAACAGAUUGGGUGUACAAACAGCGCCGGAAGCUGCCAUAAAGCAAUUCGAGUUAUUUUGAUUCACUGUGCGAGUACGCAAUUGAACGCUAAGCA